UCAACAAAGCUUCAGCUGAGAAGGCGAAAGAUGUGUGUGUGAUUACAUCUAUAAAACCUACUUUUUGAGCAGUAAACAAUACUAUUUUGUACAAUGGGGAGUCUGAACAUGGCUGAGAUUUCCGUUGAUGGUCAAUCGGGGUUUAUGACCAUCCGCAGUCGCCACAAACUUGAUGUGAAUCGGAGUAAAAUCAUAGGUGCUGUUGCCAUUCUCCUUGUCGAGCCAACUGAUGCGACGGACAGGUCAUGCUCAGUUUCAACAGGUGUUAACUCGGCACCAGCAUUAGGAAGAGGCACUCACAAAGAUGAUGUGAUCAAUAUUGCAGAUCCACAUUCUGGAGAGACGGACCGUGCAACCCUUGUUGUUCCGUCAUCGGUGUCUUUGAUAAGCUCGCCGUGUGGGUGGAUGGGACGAGAGGGGUUCGCGAAGGCCGCAUCUCGGUCAGCCUCACAUCCGGAGCACGCACAGUCGAACAAUGCACGUGAUGACACAACUAGUCCAAACAACAAAACAACAGAAUCAACACACGACAGAAAUAUGGGCCAAGAUUUGAUGCAGUACAUGUACUCGUCAACAGAUAAUCCAAGACAGAGAUUAUACAAUCAAAAUAAAACUAAAGACACAGAGUAUAAGUCUCCCAGCGAAGAAAGCUUGCCAACCAGGAAUGUCAGUGUAAUAGACUUAACUGAUGUACCUGUUCGUCAACAACAUACUAAACAAAAUACCUCUGCCACAACAGCAUCCGGUGGCACUUAUAAAAAGCACUCGUCUUCAAACGCUUUUCAACGCCCCACUAGAGAACCCCGAACGUCAUCACAUGCUAAAUUUACUCAGUUGAUACAUGCUCCUCGAGUGAGCUCACCGUUCUUAUCCAGAAUGAACUUCCAGCUCCAGCGACGGAAGCACAGGAACACAAAAAUAAGCAAGCUAGUUCAGCAACCGACAAGUCAGCGGGCCAACGACGCAAAGUGCUGUGCGUGUGGUGAUGUAUUGACAAGUUUCACGGACAACCAGACGCAUAGUGUCAAACAUAACUUACACAAUCAAUGUGUGGUUUGCGGAAUCAAGUUACCGGUAACCAGUAACUUGCGCAGACAUUUUCUCGGUCAUAUCCACAAUAUCGCUUUCACAUGUCCGUUCUGUCCUGCCAUGUACAGAAGGAAGGAUAACCUUACGUCACAUCUCUUCCAGAAACAUAACAUUAAUUCAAUGCAACGAAGAUCCCAACAGUUGUUAUCAAGAAUUGGCAAAGUUCCGAAACAGAUUCAGGGAAUUGAUGUAACUCACCAAUCUGCAACGUCUCUUCACGAUCUUUCUGAUCGUCAAGCUGCCAUUGAAGUACCGAGUAAUUCGUCCUCUCAUUCUGGCAAUGCAACUGUGAUUCCAGCAUUGUCAACAAUUACAAAUGAUUCACAAGAAAACACUAUGCUUCUUCCAAUGGAAACCAACGAUUCUUCAGAUUUACCAGAGGAAGUGCCAAAGCUACCAGACCCUGAUACCGAUCUAGAAGGUGGUCAGUCUUGUAGUCCUCCAAUACAGAUCAAAGAAGAACCAGAAGGAAAUCACAGUAGCCAGGAUGUCCGUCAGCCGCCCCAAACGAUACUAGAAAACCAACAAGAUGAAAAAGAUCAGAUUGACCAUAUGGCCUUAUAUUCAACAGGAGAAACACAUGAUUCAGCCGAUAUUUCUACACCUGAUGGUGUUUGCGAUAUAAAUUCGGGUUCGAUUCUGAACUACAGUUGUAGCACAUGUGAUGUUAAGUUCUCGGAACUUGAAAAACUUCGGCAACAUGUCGAUGCUUUCCAUUCAGAUGAAGUGUCCACGGCAGGAGCUGGGGAUGAAAUGAAUACAAGUGCACCGAAUGGCUACACGCUCACUUCUACUUCUGGCUCACUAAGUCACGACUCGUCAGAAGGCCAGGAUUUAUAUCUUUAUAGUAACACAAGGAGGUCAGAUAUGGACGACGAAACCAUCAGAAUGGCACUAAGCAGUCGCAGUAAUCAACUUGAAGAAGUGAUAGACAUUGAAAAUUUGAGUGACAUACCAAAUUUUCAACAUACCGAAUCUGCACCACUUCAACAAGCCGGAUAUUCUGGGAAUAGUCGGGGAAAUAUCUUGUCUAAAACAACUGACUUCUUAGGAAAUGUUUACCCCAGCUUCUUCCCUCCGACCUAUGAGUCUUCGCCAUCAAACAGCAUGAACCAGAGUUAUGAUAUUGAUCAUACCAAUGCGGGAUUCACUGGAAGAAAUAGGAUAAGUAAGGGUAACAAUAAGUGUUCGGUGUGCGGUGCGUCCCUGACAACAUGGGAAGCGAUCCUGGAACACGGGGACCAGCACGCAAAUGUGCUUCCCUCAGACCACGGCUCUGGGAAAAAAUUUCCUUGUGUUGUGUGUCAGACAGUCCUUAGUACCAAGGACUCUCUGAGGCGACACGCUGUCAAUCACAUGGGCGUACAACACUUCUGUACGAUGUGUUCUGCAGUGUACAGCAGACGGGAUAACCUGUUGAAACACAUGAGAGAUACCCACGGUGUCCACACACCUAGGAGUUGAAUGUCUCAUACCAGCAUCGUCCAUAAAUCUAACGUCUAAAUAUCGCAUACCAACAUCGUCCAUAAACCUAGCGUCUGAAUGUCGGAUGCACACGACAUUUGCGCACCAAUGCUCCGACAGUCGGGUACCAGCAUCAUAAACUCAGUGCCACAUACUAGCAUCAUCCAUACACCAAGGGUUUGGAUGACACAUCAUCUCGAUACCAAGGGAUUGGAUGUCACAUCGUCUCGAUAUCAAGGGUUUGGAUGACACAUCGUCUCAUACCAAGGGUUUGAAUGACACAUCGUCUCGAUACCAAGAGUUUGAAUGACACAUCGUCCACAUACCCGGUUCGAUAAGAUACCUCCUCAUGCUCGUUUUGAGCACUGGCGUUUGCAACUUCUUCAGUGUUAUCCUCGGAUUAAUGAAUUCCUCCUUAGGGAAUUUCGCCACCCUUACAUGACUUUUAAUUAUGAUAUCAUGUAGCGUUUCUGUCACAUCUAUGUUCUUACAAGUUACUAGUGUGUUAAAUGCCUUGUUUAUGAAGUACAUCGCCAGUGUAAGUGAUUGUUUG